AUGAUUAAUUGUUCUUCAAAGUUAAAUCAUAAACCAUCCAAAUUAGAUUUGAUAGAUGAUACUACUUUAACUUCAUUACCAUUUGCUCCACCACCACCAAAUAAAAAUUCAUCUAUAAUACGACCAGUGUCAACUUCAAAUUCAAAUAUAAAUAGUAUAUCUAAUUCAAGUAUUUUAACUGAUGAACUACUAUCAAAAAACGAAGAAUUAGAAUUGGAAACAACUGAAGAUGAUUUUGAAACUGAUCCAAUUGUAUUGAUUGAAGAUUAUAUUCCUCAAAAUAAAUCACCUCAAGUACUUAAACAAAGAUCAUUUGCAAAUUUUAAACAAAAAAUUCUGAAGAGAGAAGAAGAAGAUGAUGAAACCAAAGAGGAGGAGGAAAAUCAAGAUACUACAUUAACUUCAAUUGAUGAAAUUACGUUUUCUGCUAUUGAUUAUUAUAUACCCGUUUCAAAACAAGAGAAGGAAAAUUUGGAAGCUAUAUUUGGUCAAAUUCCAGCUUCUAAUUUAUUAAAAUAUUGUAAUUUAUGUGAUAAACCUUUGUAUGAAGUUAGUUCAAUUAUAUCAUAUAAUGGAUUUUUCAAUCAUGAGGAGUUUAUAUGUUUUGACUGCAUAGAGAACUACGAAAGGUUUUCCAGCAUAUUCAGUCAAUCUAUUAAAGAAAGGAAAUUGGAUAGUUCUGGUAAAAAGAUUAAACAAAAUCAUAUUAAUGAUAAUAAUACAAAAAGAAAGUUGUAUAAAAUAUUUGCAUCUAUUUCAAAUAAAUAUAAUAUAUAA